AUUACUUCUGUUAUUUUUAUUGCUGUUUGAUAUAUCCGUGGAGAAAAUGUGUUGACCUGUUUAGCAUUUAAGUUGGAUUAGAUCUGUGUAGCUGUGGACUAGAUGCAUUAAGCUUGUUUCUUGGCACGAAACACUCUUAUUCAGAGUGUUUGAUUAGUUAGUUUUUUUUAUUCUUGUUGUUUUUAGGUGCAUAAUUAUAUGGUUUUACUGUAUGUUUGUUUACUCCUUUCCAUUUCACUUAUAACAGUUUUAAUUCAAAGAAGAAUUCUGCGUUCAAUUAGAUGUUAUGAUAUCUUUCAUUACAUUACUCACAUGGUUGAUGAUUUAGAAGAUGAACUCUAUCUAUAUCCAAUUGUGUCAACAUGGUGAAAGUGAUUGACGAGUAAUCAGCAGCAUUCAAGAUGCACCUAUCUGUUCUCUGUAGUUUGUUCCUUAAGUUAUUUGUCUGUUGUAAGCUAUGUGAUCUGGUGUACAUAGGUUGCUGUUCAACAUAGACUUUUGUAUAGCUUACACUGUCAUGCACUAGUCUAAAGUUUUCAUACCAGUAUUCGUGAGCCAUUGCUCAAGGCUCACCUUAGAGAAUGGCUUGCAUGAUAAAGUGGGUCUCCUUAAAGGCAUGUGCUCUCAGCUUGUAUAGUGUUUUUGGAGCUUGCCUUGUGGCAUUUGCAACUUUAAACUCAUCAUCAUCAGACUUUUAUAUAUUUUGACCAUGUUUCACCCACAAAAGUAUCAUGAAGAGGAUGAACUACAAUUUGUUCGUUUGUUUUAUAUUUUCAAAAUCUUUAAAGUUUUAUGCUGUGAAGUUUAUAGAUUGCACUGCAUGGAGUUAGGAAUCCUCUCCAUAUACCUUUUUAAGUAAAUGUUAUGUGUGUAUACCCCAUGAAACAAUUAUUCCUCUCAAUUCAUAAAUGUGUUCAUGUUUUCUAUCAGAUUGCUUCAGAAGGACUUAAGCACCGUGUGUUUGAGGUAUCCUUGGCUGACCUUCAAGGCGAUGAGGACCAUGCCUACCGUAAGAUCCGAUUGAGAGCUGAGGAUGUUCAAGGGAAGAAUGUUCUGACAAACUUCUGGGGAAUGGAUUUUACAACGGAUAAGUUGAGGUCACUAGUGCGAAAAUGGCAAUCAUUGAUUGAGGCUCAUGUUGACGUGAAGACAACUGACAACUACAGUUUGAGGAUAUUCUGCAUUGGCUUUACUAAGAAGCGUGCAAACCAGCAGAAGAGGACCUGUUACGCACAAUCUAGCCAGAUACGCCAGAUUCGCCGAAAGAUGAGAGAGAUCAUGGUUAACCAAGCACAAUCUUGUGAUCUGAAGGAGUUGGUUCUGAAAUUCAUUCCAGAAUCAAUUGGCAGAGAGAUUGAAAAGGCAACUUCAAGCAUCUACCCUCUGCAAAAUGUUUUCAUUCGGAAGGUGAAGAUCUUGAAGGCUCCCAAGUUUGACCUUGGCAAAUUGAUGGAGGUCCAUGGUGAUUAUUCUGAAGAUGUUGGUGUAAAGUUGGAGAGGCCUGCCGAGGAGCCAGUGGCUGAACCAACUGAAGUGGUUGGAGCUUAG